CUCCGGCUUUAGGUGGCUGGCUCGCUCGAGCUCGGCUCAUUGACAGCCCUGCCGCUCUGGGCUUAGCCGCACAGGUUCAUCUCCUCCCUCUGUUUCUUGAACAAUUUCCCUUCACUCGGAUUCUCUCCUCCCUUACUCUUCCUUCCCUGGCGGCGACGCCUGGGCGAGCGGCGGCGCCAUUUGUCCUGUCUUCGCCCAGCCCUUUGCCGGCGACGAGUGCAUCCUCCAGCACUAGGCUGAUUUCAGUUAUUGGAUCCCGCAUUGUGAAAUGCUUGCCAAAGGGAGGAAGGUAGCUGGAAGGGGUGAAGGAAUGUCUUCACACUAUGCGUUUGGGUCACAGGAGGAUGAUGCGAUCAUUAAGCACAGGCUUCUAACUAGGACGACAACUACCAGGGGUGAACCACCACUAAAGAAGCUUCAGAAGAAGUUCAUGUCCUUUGCCACUGAGAUUGAGAAAGAUACAGAUAACAUAAGCGACUGCGAGAGAAUGUACAAGGCCUUCAUACAGGAAAUUAACACCUUUGAACUACCUCUUCUAAAAAGCAAGGCUGUUGUUGAUGCAAACAUUAGGGAGAAGGAUAGCUUUAAUGAGCUGCAGGUUGAGAUUGAGCGACAGAUCUUGCAAGCUCAGACUGAUAUUGAGGAUCUUAAGAAGCAACUUGAGCAGAGCAAGAUCGAGAGGCAGCACAAAGAGGAAUGUGAAGCAAUCCGGAAGCUGAUUUUUUUGCAGCCUCCACGGUCAGAAACUGAGAAACUCAUUGCAGAUCUUGAGAAGGAGAUAUCUGAUUUGGAGGCUGAGAAUGUAGCAUGCGUAAGGACUUUGGAACUACGGAAAAAGCAAUUUGCCCUUCUUCUACAUGUGGUUGAGGAGUUGCAGAUCUCGAUUGAAGAUGAGCAAAAGAGUAUAGCAGAUGAGCUGAGAGCUAUCGCUGAGGAGAAGAUGAGCAUUGAAGAAAGCGGCGGUGCUUCAGAUGCCAUGGCUGUAGACUGAUCAAGAUACGCAAGCACAAAUGCACUGAACAGCAUAGUUUGUUGGCCGUAUUGAAUUUUGACAAGUUGGUAGAUGUCUAAUGUGAUGGUUUUGUACCUCCUGUAAAUUGAGUUGUACGCCGUUUGUAACUGGCUCUUUGUGUACUGUGAAGAAAAAUUAAAGCACACAUUGUUGUGUAACAAGUGUGUUGUGCACUCCAUUUUUUUUUGUGCACGGAAUAAACCAUCCAUAGAACUUUGAUCUUGCA